GAUUGUUUACAAGACACCGUGAUGUUCGUUGCACGCGACCAGUGUGCUUCGUCCUCUUUUCGUAAAUGAUUGGAAGGGUUCUAGCUUAAUCAAUACGAUCCAAAUGAAUGACACGAGUUUACCGGCUGACAUGGGACCCCCAUUUAGGACUCGGUUACAUCCAUUGAGUUCGACCCUCGGAGCUGUUCUCGACAUAGUGGAGAGUGGACACACGACAGUGACGCCUAUUCGUAAGGAAACGAGGCUACGCUAUAGUUUUGACUCGGAGCUCACGUUUACGCCAAAGUUGAACGAAGCGAGUCUCAAGAUGGCAAGAGAACGAGGCCACAAUUGGAAAGAAAGCUACGAAUCUCGUCAAGCGGCACAGAUAGCUGAGCAUGAACGCGCUUUCACGUUCAAACCGCGUGUAAGUAUGCGUAGUGAGAGGAUAGCUCAGCGUCUCAACUCGACAUUUUUGUCUCGGCAACAGCAACACGUGGAGAGGCGACGGCAACUGAUGGAGCACUUGACAUCCGGGCGUAGACCGGUGAGAGGAGCACGCACGUUACCGAAGACAAUUUCUGUCACUCACAUGAAUCUCUCCAAUACGUCAUCAUCCAGGGUGCUAUCUACCAGUAGUUUUAACACAAGUAAAAGUCUUUGUGACGUCGGUAUUAGAAAUAUGACGUCAACAUCCGGGACAUCUCUCACGCCUGUUGAGUUUCCCACAGAUUCUUCAGACAGGGAGUUUGAUGAAAUGUUGUCUUCACGGAAUGCCAUUGAUCAAGAGAAUUUGAGAAAAGGCAGUGUGACGAGAUCAACUGAUAAGCUCGUUGCGAUAGAAAAGAGUGUGUAUCUUACAUCUGUGCCACUGAAAAGGAAAAGGAGUGAUGGCGAACGUCAUACAAAACACAAACGUUGUUCAACAUUUCCAACAUCUUCCAAUGAGAAUCGAGAUGUGACUUCAUUGAAAGCAACAGAUGAGGCCACCAGAUUGAGAACUAAAUCACUUUCUUCUGUCCAAAAGUCUUUCAAGGCAGUACAAUUGAAGCCGACCUUUGUCCCUGUGACUAAACAUUUAGAAAAUAGUUUAAAUAUUUUUCAUGUGAAACGAGCAAAAGAGGCUGCUAGCAUUGCAAUCAGAGAGAAAAAGGUAUUUCUUUGUAUAGGUCCAUACAUGCCGAUUCGACAGAGUCUUCGUCGACGUGGAUGGGUUGAGAAGAACUACAAAGGCCCACUGGGCGCACUGAAACAGAGAAAAAAGGACAAACAGAAAAACAGCAAACAGUCCAAGUUGGCAACGAAAGGGAACGAAAGUGGGAAGACGGAGAGCAGUCAGUCAAGCGACAGUGACAGUGACAGUGACACGGAGAUGUCAGAUCAGUUAGUUCAAGCAUAUAGGGAAGAGUUUACUGAUGACGAAGAGUACAGUAUGGCGUCUCGAGCUGUGAGGUUAACUUAUCCACAUUUUGUCUGGACGUGUAAGCGAGAUGACAUCGAGUUCCGGUUUCUGAGGAGAGACCAGAUUGUUAGUCACUACCAGCAAGCUGUUUCGUUCACUACAAAGGUUGGACUGUGCAAAAACUUGAGCAACCUAAUUUGGUUCUCAGACACCGAUCCACACACAUUUUUUCCUCGCUGUUAUCGGCUUUGUGCAGAUGACGAGAAGAAGACUUUUAUUGAUGACUUUCGAUUAACUGCGGCAGUCAAUAUCUUGAAAUGGGUGGUUGAAAAUUCGCACUUGAAGAUGUCUGUUGCUAUUGGUGAUACUUGCAAUCAGUCUGUCGCGAGCGUAGGGCAGAGAAAGGAUGAUGAGGACAAAGAGAUAUCACAUGUGGUGUCUGAAGAUGCAGUUAAUAUGGCUCUGAUUGCAUGUGAUGAGUUUAUUAAGUUUAGAAAUCACUCAGACAUUGAUGAAACGCCAUCUAAAGCACCAGUUAUAUCAGAUAAUGACUGGAAUGAUCUUAUCCAGUCUUCAUAUCAACUAACACAGGAACAAGGUGUUCUUUCUUCAUUGUCUGGUAUUACUUACAACAGAUGUGUAGCUGUACUGAAUAUGUUGAAGGGUCAUCUUCCACAGUUGGAUUUGGAUGGCCUGACGAACAUAUGGAUAGUGAAACCUGGUGCAAAGUCACGUGGAAGAGGGAUAUUUUGUUUGAAUCGGUUGGAAUCAAUUCUUGAACUAGUGUCUAGCACGGUGCAGAAGAAAGAGAACAAGCUGAUUGUGCAGAAAUAUAUUGAGCGACCUCUCCUCAUCUAUGAGACAAAGUUUGACAUUCGUCAGUGGUUUCUUGUCACUGACUGGAAUCCUCUAACGAUGUGGGUUUACAAGAAAUGUUAUUUACGCUUUAGCACACAGUUAUUCACACUGGACAAAUUAGAUCAGAGUGUACAUUUGUGCAACAAUUCAAUCCAGAAACAUUAUGAGAACGCAAUUCGACCAAGCGAACUCCCCGAAGAAAACAUGUGGGACGAAGAACAGUUCCAGUCAUUCCUAUCUGCUCGCGGUGCAGGCAGAGCGUGGCAAGAUGUGAUAUAUCCAGGUAUGAAACAGGCUCUGGUUGCUGUCUUGCUUACCUCACAAGACGACAUGGAUUUGAGAAAGAAUUCGUUUGAGUUGUUUGGCGCUGACUUUAUGAUCACCGAAGACUACAGACCAUGGCUGAUUGAAAUCAACUCUAGUCCCGCGAUGUCUGCAAGCUCGAAAGUGACUGCGAAGCUGUGCCCUCAGGUAAUGGAGGACACGUUGAAAGUUGUUUUGGAUCGUCGUCGAGACAAGAAUGCCGACAUUGGAUGGUUCGAGUUGGGCUAUAAACAGAAUCAUGUUGCAGUACCCACUUACGUUGGCAUGCAGCUAGUUGUUGAAGGACAACAUAUGAACUUAAAUACACAGAACCGAAAGCCAAUGCCCAAACCAGAACCUGCUUCGAAACUUCGACCACAGAGCUCGGUCUCGAUUUCUGGACAUUCCCAUUAUGAUAGCAGCAUCUUCAGUGAGAAUAACGACGACAGUGAUGAUGGCAGUCAGUUGGUGAAAAAACACGUGAAGUCUCAGGAUAGUGUCACAUGCUGUCCAACCAGAGUUGUUUCUCCCGGACUGGCGCCACUCCCACAGCACACACAAAGAUUGACGCAGAAGAGAGCACCAGUAAACAUAAAGAGGCCGUUGACUACAUCUAUGAAUCGAUCUCGUCUCAGGUCUGUUUCACUGAAACUACGCACGGUUGGUCUGGCAGUGUUUGGAUCCAAACCAGGCAAAUAGGACUCUGUACAGAAAUAUAGUAAAAAUUGAAUGAGUAAUAAGAGCAAAAUCUGGAUAUGCUUUGGACUAUUCAGCUUAGGCAUAAUUUAUUGCAUAUUUGUAAGUACCACUCUUGUAAAACAUUGAGUUUCUAUGAUUGUGUGGAUUCUCCAG